AUGGCGUCUGUCUUCAAUGAUUUCAAGGAAGGCCACAAAGAAAUAUCCGGUCCCCGCCUGGCAGCCUCUCUCACACCGGUCGCACCUCCCGAAUACCCCGAUCGUCUCCGGUCGUUCUACGCUUGCUCCAACGGCGCGAAUCUACAUUUGGAUCUUCGGUACUUUCUUUUCCAAGCAAAUGGACCGAAGCUUCCGAAACAAGAACAAAAUGCAUGGAUCGAGAUCUUUUCGGCCUAUUGGAAAGCUGCGGGGGAGAUACUGAAGUUCGAUGAGGGACGUGGUAGUUGGGUCGGAGUAUUCAAUGCGUGGAAUCAGGUAUCCAGUGUCUUGGGCCGGGGCUAUACGAAUGCAGGUAUUGAGGCGUGGACCAUACCCUGCUUAUAUGUCGUUGGAAAAUACGUCCGGACGUUCGCGAUUAAAGCAGACGCAGAGCUCUCUUCUCAGGACUCAGUUGCAUUCAACGACCGUUUCCAAGAUGACAUCUCGUUUGAUUCGGAGAAGAGUGCAAAGCUUGAGGAGGCCGCCCGUGUGAUUAACAAGCUGUUCACCAUUUGUCUUAAUGACAGGACUCCUAAUAUCGAGGAAUCACGAAAAUGGGGUGUCUACAACAUGAUUAGUUUGACAUUCAAAACAUACUUCAAGCUCAAUUCAAUUGGGCUCUGCAAGAGCUUACUCCGCGCCCUGAACGCUUCGUCGGCAGACCUUCCUCCAUUGGCGGCUUUCCCUAAAUCCCACAUCGUUACUUUCGAAUACUACGUCGGGGUGAUACGCUUCUUGGAUGAGGAUUAUGCAGAGGCAGAGAAACAUCUGACACAUGCAUGGAAACUAUGCCAUCGGGACGCAGUCAAGAACAAAGAAUUAAUUUUGAUGUACCUGGUGCCUUGUCAUAUCGUCACGACACAUACUCUCCCUAGCGAAGAACUGCUUGCUCCAUUCCCUCGGCUCGAGAGGUUAUUUCGGCCUCUUUGUGACUGCAUCAGAAAAGGAGACCUCGGUAACUUUGACGCAGCCAUGUCCGCCGGAGAAGAUGAGUUUGUCAAGAGGCGUAUCUACCUACCGCUUGAGAGGGGACGCGACAUCGCAUUACGGAACCUAUUUCGGAAGGUCUUCGUCGUAGGAGGGUUUGAAGAACCGAAAGAUGAUCAACCUCCUAUGCGACGAACUCGCGUUCCUGUCGCUGAAUUCGCAGCAGCUGUAAGGAUUGGUACUCAUGCGAAUGACAGAACCCGCGUCGACAUUGAUGAGGUUGAGUGUCUCCUGUCGAAUCUCAUAUACAAGGGUCUCAUGAAGGGCUACAUCGCACGAGAACGCGGUAUGGUUGUUUUGAGCAAGGGUGGCACUGCAUUCCCCGGAACAGGAGUCUAG